UUACCCUUCAAAUGAAAACCCUACCUCCUACUUUCAAACGCACGUUGCCUCCUCCCUCUAGUCUCCACGCUCACUGUUAUGUUCACCAAUCUCCGGCUUCCAGCUGACGCCACGGCGACGUUGAGUUUACGAAGACGGCGAGUACCCAGCUCUGACAAUGAAAGCAGUUCGCGACAAAGGCCUUUCAUCUCUGCAUCUACUGUUUAAAAAAGAAAUUCCAGAACGCCGUUUCACCUCUCCUUACAGCUACAAUUUUCCGUUCUCAAACUGAACCACAACAUUGAUCGUUUUUUUGUCAGCAUUACCGAUUUCUGUUUGAGUUUUGGUGAUGAUGUCAAAUGUGUUAAAACCUAGCAAAGUUUUUGACAACGUUCUUGAUAGUUUAGCUUGGUGCUUAACAAACAGAAAGUUUAUCUUCUCCAAAAUUGUCUCCAAGAAGCACUACUUUUUUUCUUCUUCCUUUCUUAGUUUCUCUACUUCACCACCUUCCAUGCUUUCAGCAAUUCAAAUGCUGAAUAAUGUAACCAAAUGCGUUGCUUUUCUACAAUCGUGUGCUGACCACCAGAAUCUUAACAAAGGAAAACAGCUUCACUCCCUAAUGAUCACCUAUGGUUUUUCUCCCUCACCUCCAUCCAUCACUAGCUUAAUCAACAUGUACUCCAAAUGUGGUCAAAUGGGGGAGGCCAUUUUGGUUUUCUAUGAUCCGUGCCAUGAGCGUAAUGUGUUCGCAUAUAAUGCUAUAAUUUCUGGGUUUGUCUCCAACGGUUUGGCUUCAAAAGGGUUUCAAUUUUAUAAGAAAAUGAGGUUAGAGGGUGUAAUGCCUGAUAAAUACACUUUUCCAUGUGUAGUUAGAACUUGUUGUGAGGUUAUGGAGGUGAAGAAGAUUCAUGGAUGUUUGCUUAAAAUGGGGUUGGAGUUGGAUGUGUUUGUUGGUAGUGCUUUGGUUAAUACUUAUUUGAAGAAUGGCUCGAUGGAGGAUGCACAAAAAGUGUUUGGAGAACUAUCAAUAAGAGAUGUUGUACUUUGGAAUGCAAUGAUCAACGGGUAUGCCAAAAUUGGUUGCCUUGACGAGGCACUGGAGGUUUUCAGAAGAAUGCAUGUAAAAGGGGUUGCACCUAGUAGGUUUACAAUUACUGGCAUUUUAUCUGUUUUUGCUUCAAGGGGAGACUUAGACAAUGGGAAAACAGUUCAUGGGAUUGUCAUGAAAAUGGGUUAUGAUUCAGGAGUUUCAGUUUCAAAUGCAUUAAUUGAUAUGUAUGGGAAAUGCAAACAUAUUGGAGAUGCGUUAAUAAUUUUUGAGAUGAUAAAUGAGAAGGAUAUUUUCUCGUGGAACUCGAUUAUAUCAGUUCAUGAACAAUGUGGUGAUCAUGAUGGUACCUUGAGGCUUUUUGAUAAGAUGUUAGGUUCUGGGAUUCUACCAGAUUUGGUAACCAUCACAACUGUGCUUCCAGCUUGCUCUCAUUUGGCUGCGCUCAUGCACGGUAGAGAAAUUCAUGGAUACAUGAUCAUUAAUGGACUUGGAAAGGAUGAUGAAAAUGGAGCUGUAGAUAAUUUACUUGUAAGUAAUGCUGUUAUGGAUAUGUAUGCAAAAUGCGGUAGUAUGAACAAUGCCCUCAAGAUUUUUGAUUCAAUGAGCAAAAAGGACGUGGCAUCAUGGAAUAUCAUGAUUAUGGGUUAUGGUAUGCAUGGUUAUGCUUUGGAGGCAUUGGGUAUGUUUUCUCAAAUGUGUGAGGCUGAAUUUAAGCCAAAUGAAGUUACGCUUGUUGGAGUUCUAUCAGCAUGCAAUCAUGCAGGCUUUGUGUCUCAUGGGCGUUUGUUUUUAGCUCAGAUGGAAUCUACAUUUGGUGUUAUUCCAACUAUUGAGCAUUAUACGUGUGUAAUUGAUAUGCUUGGUCGAGCUGGGCAUUUAGAGGACGCGUAUGAGAUCGUGCAGAAAAUGCCUAUUCAAGCCAAUCCCGUUGUUUGGAGGGCUUUAUUGGGAGCAUGUCGACUUCAUGGGAAUGCAGAGUUGGCAGAAAUUGCAGCACGACAAGUACUGCAACUAGAACCAGAGCAUUGUGGGAGUUAUGUAUUGAUGUCCAAUGUUUAUGGAGUUAUAGGUCGAUACGAAGAGGUGUUGGAGGUUAGAAAAACGAUGAAGGAACAAAAUGUCAAGAAGACACCUGGUUGUAGUUGGAUUGAACUCAAGGAUGGGGUGCAUGUUUUCCGUACUGGAGAUAGGACACAUUCAGAAUUGAAUGCAUUGACUAAUCAACUAUGUGAUAUUGGAUUCAUUUUAGAUGAAGUUUUGAAUUUAUAUUGAGAUAUGGUAACAUGUACGAUUGCAUUAACCUCUCUUUUUCCAAAGAUUGACGAGUAACAAGCAUCAAAACUUGUACAUUGAUGAACUUACUUCGUCUUUUUGACAAGAGCGAUUGGUAAUCAAGCGGCAAAACUGGGCUUGAAAUGGUUUUAUGAGAUUUGAACAGGCAUCAAGAAUACAGGCAAGAAGUGGGAGUUGAUAAAGAUCAGAUUCCAGUGACAAUUUGUUACGCAUUGUACCCUGCGAUCUUCGAGUCUUUAGUCCUUGAUCGUCUUUAGCCUUCACAAGCUCCUUGUAGCUUAAAUACAUCAUUUUUCUAUCAUCAUGGAGCUCUCUUUUCAAACAUCUCGAAGAGGGCACUAUUACAGUUUAAGAAGCUCGUGAGAUCAAUGUUUAUAGGAAGGAGCAGAUUCAAGCAAGAUUAUAGGUAUUGAGUUUGAAUUUUUUUUAGAAAAGAAUACAAGUUUUGCUAUUAUUAAUAUUAAAGCUUGAAGUACAUGAGAGAUAUACAAAAAAGCAAUAGGGAAGGAAGGAUCAGCAGAAGUUAGAAUUAGGAUUGUUGAUGGCAAAUCAAGGAAAGGAUAUUCAUUUGUUUCACAAUGCUUCGAUGUAAGAUUUGUAAUUUUAGGGAAAGAGAUAACUCACCAAAGAACGUAGAGCUUGUACAUUGGUGUGGUAUUUGCCACAAAUAAUUUAAUGUUUAACUUAGUGAAAUAGUGCUGCUAAGAACUUUGAAGUAGGGAAGGAAUUCAUGAGAAGUAUUUAUUGUAGAGUUGACUUAGGGCUCUGGACCUGGAUUGGGAUGAUCCUUGGUUCCUCUCAGAUUAGAAAUGCAUUUGGCAUGUCUUGUUUGGCAAAAAGCUAACCUUGACCUCGACAAAUGUCAAGCAAUUUGCACGUAGCUUGAAUCCCACUAUUUCAUAGUGUCACACCCUGCAUCGGGUGUCACAAUCGUAGUCUUUCAAGUUUCGGACAGACGAUUGUGCGGCACUUGUUCGAACUCGAGCAACAAGUCAGUCGUCAGAAUUCGAAAGUCACGGACAUACUCAGUGUAUGAUGUAAUCUUUUUUCGCGUUCUUAAGAAAAUUGUGUAUAAAACAUGAGAAAGAAAGAAAUACAUUGAAAUUGACAUUAUAAUAUAUAAUGAAGACUGUCAGUUACAAAAAAAAAAAUUGCUUGCAAAGAGUGCGACAAUGCUUGAGCGGGGAUUCAACUACUCUACCUCUUUUAUAAUACAUUUUGAACAUUUUCAGCUCUGGUACGCUUGCAUAUGAAAAUGUCGAAACAUCGCACCCAAGCUUUAUGACUUAAAAAGGAAAGCAGCUAGCUAAACUAAAUACAUGACAUAAAGAUAAGAUAAAUUUGGGGUAUUUGGGCAAACAACAUCUUGGACAAGUAUGAUCGUGACAUUCUCCCUCAAUUAAACAGUUGACGUCCCCGUCGACUGGCAAAACUGGAAUUCUUUGAUCUUUUGCUUCCACGCUUCAAGGCUUCGAUACGUCUCCAACUUGUUUCUUCCAUGGAGAGGUUCUUCCACUUUCACUAGGAAUUUAUGUAUCCUCAUCGUGGGUCUUAUACCUUUCCUCACUAUCUCAACAAGGACUUCUUCCACUCCUGCUAGUCCCUCGUAUCUUCUCACAAGGUGAUGGUCUUUCUAUCUUUGGAACCGAGUAUGUUCAGGUCACAGUUUAACAAGUACUUGAUCUCCCACAUGAAAGUCUAGGGGGUGACACUUCUUAUCUGCCCAUUUUUCAGCUGCUUCGAGGUUUUCUCUAGAUCAAUCUGAGCGAUGUCUUCUUGGUAAUGUUGCGAGCCUGAAGACUCUUUAUGGUACGUAAAUGAAUGUUCUCUGAAAUAGUGUCUUUAGGACUUGAACAAACCAUUUUUCAGCUGCUUCGAGGUUUUCUCUAGAUUGAUCUUAGCGAUGUCUUCUUGGUAAUGUUGCGAGCCUGAAGACUUUUUAUGGUACGUAAAUGAAUGUUCUCUGAAAUAGUGCCUAUGGGACUUGAACAAAGGGCCUAACCCUUUUUAUGACAUGAGAGAGGUUUCUGUUUAUUGGUAGGACCAUAAAAAGGUUGUCUAUUAGAGGAGCACUGAUAUUUAAGGAUUAGAGGUAAUUUAGAGGUAAAACGGUAAUUUGAUCCAGCUUGUGUUACGAACACUCGUGAAGGACUAACUAUUAUUGGUCUUUAUUCGUGGACACAUAAAUACAUCUAUAGUGAGAAAAGUUCAGUUGUGAGUCUUUAGUGGAGUGUAGUCACAGUCAACGAAUAUUGAUCAAUGUGGUUAAUGAAUUUGGUCAAUUAAUCUCAUAUCGUUGUAGCUUCUGAUUUGUAGGUCUAUUAGGUCUCAUUGCUAGCUUGUAAAGGGUAAUGAGAUUUAUUUAUAUUAGUUGUAAUUUAAUGUUCAAAAUUACUACGAGAAUUAGUUUAAGUGAUAUAUUAUAAUAUAAAGUUUAUCAAAAUUUAUUUUA